GGUUUGAAUUUUGCUUGGUUGAAAACUUUCCUACAUUCAGGUUGUGAUAGGAAAGCUAGACAGAACCGAGGAGAACCCCCUCACAUGUAUCUAUCAGAGAAAAAUCUUUGUUUAAUGUCUCAAUAUUAAGAUAUAUAAUGUGCAUAAAUGGUUUGAAAGCUUUCCUUUAUUUUGUUUAUGUAAGAAUUGGGCCUGCCUCCUAAACACCGUAUACAUUGAUCUAGGCUUAAAGUUGAAUGGAGAUUCUUCUUGCUUGCAAACAGAAGUUCAAAAUCUAUAAUCGACAUUGAGUUGCCAGUAUCAGCUAAAGCAGAAUUGUGAAAUCAAAGGAAUUUAAAUAGUUUUGGACUUACUGCUCAGUUGGUGAUUCAGUUGAUCUAGCAGUUUGAAUUAAAUCAGAAUGCCCAGUGUUAAUAAAAUACAUUUGUGAAGCUUGUUUCUGAAAGGUAUCAGAUUUUACAGGAAUCAGGGGAAGAGGGGCUGUGCUGAGGGUAUUAAUUAUUUUGCUAUAAAAUGCCAUUUCUCAACCCUGUAGCAAAGUGAUUUCGUAGGUUUUGAUCUGUACGUAAUAUUCUACUCCUAGCCAAUAAUGUGCUGCCACCUAUAUAUUACUGGGCUAGAGGAAUAUGAGCUGUUAGGAUCACAACCUAAUGGCGAUUAUGACCUGUUAAGAUCAUAACCUAAUGGGUAGCAGAGUUUCAGUGGUGUUCCUUUAGUUUAUUGGGUAUUGGAAGAUCACUGGGUGUGUAAAUCUCUUGUUUUUAUUUCACACUCUCAGCAGACAAAGUUUCUAGUAAGGCUUCUUUAAAAUAACAUGUUUGUUUUACUCAUAAUUUCCAUGUAUUUAAAUAUACAGGUACAUUUCUUUUCAGGUUAAACUUUAAAAGUUUCAGCUUGUAUUUUUAAUUUAUAAUCUUAAGCAGCCUCUUUAAAAUAUAUUGCUUUGUACAGCUCUCGUUAAUAACCAUCUACUUCCAAGGAACUCAAGCCUCAACUGACUUCUAACUCCUAACAUUGGCUUCUGCACUCUAACAGACUCAAGCCUCAAUAGUCAUUUCUUUUAAAACUGAAUAUUCUAACAGUCACUGAACCAGUCAUAUGGUCUGCAGCCCCUCCAACUGCUUCAAGUAUAUAGAGCUAAGGAAACUGCAAACCAAAGAAGACCUACACUUCAGGAAAUAAAUCAAAACAUUAUAAACAGACAAAACAUUAGAUUGAGGAAGCUUGAGAAGGUUGCUAUCUUUUUUUUCCUUCUUUUUUGGAUUUGGUACCUUUUGGAAACAAACCACAUUUGUCCAUGGUGGAGAUCUUUGUUGGCGGCAGUGAAACAUCCACACCUUGACCCUCUCCCUGUGCCAGCUGCCUACUCUGAUCAAAGGCACCUCAGAUGAUGAAGCCCCAUGUCCAGGGUACCUCUUUGAAGAGAUUGCCAAUUUCGCAUGAGUCAGCAGGAAGCAGCCACUGUCUUCUCGAGUAUCUCCUCAAUCGCCUUCAGAACUGCUCCUGUCACGUCAAGCUGAAGGUACUCAAGAUUUUGUUGCACAUGUGCAGCCAUGGCUCCUCCCACUUCCUCCUGCAGCUCAAGCGGAAUUCAUCCUUCAUCCAAGAAGCCACAGUGUUCUCUGGGCCUCCUGAUCCUCUCCAUGGCAACAACUUGUAUCAGAAGGUGCGGAUGGCUGCACAGGACUUGGCAAGCACUUUAUAUUCGGAUGCUUUGUUGCCCCAGCCUGCUUCGCGUCCACCUAAAGAUCUCCCUUCAACAGGAAUGGGGUCCAAGACCAGCUCUCACAGUUCCCUCCAGGGCUUUGGUUUUGAAAGAAGCAGUUCCACCUCCACUGGCAAAGUUCUGUUGGCCACCAUCCAGAAAGCAGCUGAAGUGGUUGCCACUGCCAUGCUUUCUGGUCAAGAGCUGACUAGUCCUUCCAACCGGGAGUUGACAGAUGAUGCCUAUGAACCAGUCAUGGCUCCUUCUUCUGGCAAAAGCACCACCUUGCAAACAAAGACACCUACUGUUGCUGUUCAUAAGAUGCGUGCGAACCAUCAACCAGGACAAGUAGGAGGCGGGUGGGAAGAAUUGGACAACGGGCAAAGCUCCCAGAAUUCUUUGCAGAACAGCGAGCUCAGCAGGACUUCUGGAUCCUACAGCAAGUCAGGCAGCGACAACCACUCAGGGGUUCAAGAGCCAGGGAGUAUAGUGGAAAGAAUGGAAACUGAAAACUUUGCAGAUUGCCUGCAGGAAGUGAGCCUUGUCAGCAAACUAACCAAUGGCUCAAAGGUCUUCUUGACACGUGAAGAAACCCAGCAUUUUAUCAAGGAAUGUGGUUUGCUGAACUGUGAAGUGGUCUUGGCUCUUCUUAGCCGAACUCUGAAGGACCCCAGCGAGUGCAUCUGCAUGAGAGCCAUGUGUGCCAUCUAUUCCCUUAUGUGUUCUGACUUGCUCUCCCAUGAUCAGAUAUUUGCUGUUGCCCAGCCAUACUUGCAGGAGCUCAGUCAAAAAAGCCCUGGGCCCGUGGCCAACAAAGCAACAAAGAUCUUGCGCCAGUUUGAAGCCCUUAACAGGACCCAUCCUACAUCCAAGAGCUCACUCCCAGAUGGCAACCACUGUGUUCCUGCCAAGACCUCCCUCGCGCAUGCAGAUGAUCUGUUGACGGACGUGAUGCCCUUUGCCGGAGAAACUGUCCUCACACCCAUGAGCCUGUCAACACUAUCCUCUCAAACACCUAAUCUUCUCACAAGUGACACAUCCCUGUCAGAAGGGCAGGGACUGGAAUCUGUCUCCUCAGGCCAAUGCGAUAUCCUGCCACUGAGUGUCAGCCAGAAGAGAGAAGAAGAAUGCAGGCUCCAAAACUCUGAACCCCAAGAAGACAGACCCCAAAGGGGUGACCCAGAUGGCACUGUUUCCUUGUUUGCAGGUAUGGAGCUAGUGGCACCUUCAAGUCUGAUGCUGGCAACAGUGGAAAUUGAUGAGCAGGAAUGCUUCUUGCCAGCUCCAAGGACCGCAUCAUGUACUGAAAACACCAGGAGCAGUGAAGAUAACCAGAAGAUGUCUGUUUUUUCAUUCCUCAAUACAUAGCAGUUCCAACUCAAAACAGGCGAGAUAACAAGAAACUGGUAUUGGUUCACUUCUCCUCAUGGUGGUGUGGUUGCUUUCUUCACCUGUCUUUAUUGAGACAAGGCUGAUUCUCAGUUGCUUGUCCAAUCACUUUGUUUUGUUUAUGUUGUUAAUCCUAAAGAGUGGAGACUGUACUAGCAUCCCCAUAGCAUCAUUUGCUUACAUGAAAAAGAAGUGCAGUGUUGUGUGGAUUCUGGGCUGUAUGGCUGUGUUCUAGCAGCAUUUUCUCCUAAUGUUGCUGGCAUUUUCAGAUGAUCAUGCUAGAACAUGUCCAUACAGCCCGGAAAUCACACAACACCCCAGUCAUUCUGGCCGUGAAAAGCUUCGGCAAUACAUAUGAAAGACAAGAUUUGAAUCCUCAUUUUAUUAUAUGUAUAUAAUCAGAAGUGGUUUUCUCAAGUGACAAACAAAGCACAAUAGACAAACAAUAUGGUCUGUUUUCACUAUAGCACUGAGCUGGUUUCUUUAGAAGCUGUAGAAAUAUCACCUUUUGUUUUAUUUUUUUACUGUUAAAAUGGUACUGAUUUCUAUCUGAAUAAUGUGUCUGAAUAAUAAUUCAGGCUAUGUUUUGUUCCUCCCUGUCCGUUUGACCUGAAAUCUUGAAUAUAAGAAGUCGGCUCGGUCCAUGCUAUCACUCCUUGUAUUUGCUACUACCAAGCUAAUUGGUGAAGGGAAAAAAGCUGACACUGAUUUUUUUGUAGCCAACAAUUUGUACUAUCCUUCAAUUUUAUUUAUUUUUAUUAUGCCUUUUACCAGACUGGGAGCUGAAGUGGCAUAUGAAAGUCAAAACAAAUAUAGCUACAGUUCACAUCGUAAAAAAAAAGAAAGAAUAUCACACAAAAGCAUAAGAUAUAUCUCCUUAGGUGAUAUAUGUAUGGCUUACAAUUCACUGAAUUAUCUAGCCAGCAUGGCAAUGCCAAUCAAAUGUUUGAGUUACUGGGAAGUGUUGUCCAAAAAAAGUAACUUCUCAACUGUUACCACAAUACUACACGAUCACCAAGUGGCUUAGAGUUACUUAAUUUUGUUUGAAACAGAGCUAAUUCCUGUAGUAAAAAUCUCUUUCUUCCAUCUCCCUUCUCCAGUGUCAUGUGCAGAUGGGGAAGUGCUUCACAUGUGUCCAGGCCUAGGAAUACUAUAUUCUACAUGGGGCAGAGACAGUGAGAGAUAGUCAAGCCUUUGGCUCUCCAGAAGUGUUAGACUGUAUCCUAGACACUGCAGGCAGUGGUAGGAGAUGAUGGGAGCCAUAACCCAAAAUGCUUGGAGGUUCGAAGGUUUCCCAGCACAGAUUUAAAGUGCAACAUGCUGUAUAUAUGUAUAUACUUUAAUCAGCCAUAGGAAGAAUUGUCUAUGCUUGUCAAUCAAUUCAAAAAAAUGAGCUUUGGCACUGAAAAUUGAUACCAGACAGAAAUGUUUUGCUACAAAUUAAACCUGACUUUUUACCACUGGUACUAAUAAUAACAUCUACUCUUGUACAAAAGUAUACAACUGCUAGCAAAUAAGAUGGGCAAAUCAUCCAUGCUCAGAAGGCCUCUGGUCAUUUCUAAGAAGUUUUGGUGAAAAUACUGAAAAGCUAUUUAAAAUGGAAUGGGUAGGUGCGAGACAGAGAGAAAUCUUCAGUGGAUGUAGGUAUCACCCAUGUUGUUGUUGCUGCAGCCAUCUCAGUGGGGGCGAAAUUUGUGAUAGUCUUGAGUGCUGGGUCAAGGAUUAAUUUCCUAGCAACUGUCCUUGCCUGCUUGGAAAACAGUAGCUUACUGAUAACAGGAGCUCCAGCUGGCAUGUCACCAUGUAACUGAAUUCAUAGUUCUUUGGAGGUCUGCCUAGAUAAGGCAAGCAUCUGGAAACAAGGAUCUUUGAUUUCAUUUAUCUACAUAAGAGCAUUUUAAUACCACUUUCGGUGGUUGGUUGGUUUUUAAUCUGAGUACUUUAAUUAAUAACAGUAAAUCCAAUUACUAAAAUGUAAGUGAUUGCUUUAUAUAAUUAAUUUUACAAACUGUUUUACUACAUGAACAGGAAAAUGCCUAGGAAAAUUGGUAUUCUGUUAAUAGCAGAAACAUACAGCAAUGGCAACCUUACUGGGAAAAUCAUUUUGCAUAGUGGGUACUGCAACAAAGUAAGUAAGUAAGUAGUAAAACUUCAUUUAUAUACCUCCCUCUCUCCCCAAAGGGACUCAGGGUGGUUUACAAACAUAAAAACAGCAACAUACAUUACAUAAGUAGCACAAUAUACAUACUAAAACAAAAUUAAAAACCUAAACAACUAGUAAAACAGUGGCUAUCUUCUGAAUAAAAAAUAAAACAAGCCUUGCUCAGCUAUAAUAUGGUAAUCAGAGCUCCCUCACCUCCUAGAAGUUUGGAAAGAGCACACCAUAAUGUCCUUAAAAAAUAUUGAGACCAGGAUACUCCUUUCUUUCCACACUGAACAAAACAUUAAUAAAAUCCUUCAUACUCCUACCAGUACUCACAAUAAGUCCUUUCUAAAUCUUGUCACUAUCACAGAUAGAAUGCUAGACGCUAAGUCUUUCAUGGUGGCUCUUACGUAGUGCUGGAUUUUAUAAUUAUUACUAUUGUGGUUCUCCUUAUUUUAUGGCCAAGUAAAGGAGGGUUAUUUCCAGUUGCAUGGAAUUUAACCAACAGUGUAAGGCAAGUCUGAAUGCCUAUGAGAAGCAGGAAAGGGCUCUCUCCUUUGCUGCAUUAAUUUUCACAAAAAUUCCUUUUUCUGUUUGAUGUUGAUGGUGUUGGUUCUUCAAAAGCAGAAUUUUCCAUCUGCAAACACCUGACUCGAGCCCUGAUUUGCUAUAGAUUAUAGACCACUUCAAAAGAAAUUGACUCUGUAUAUAGACACACACAAACAUACAUGCAAAAGCAUGGCAAAGUCUACUCCAGAAAUAAGACUUUUCCAGGCUAUAGUAAAAUUGUUUAAAUGAUAUGUUUUGCACUCCAGGUGCUGGCCUGUUAUUAAUUCUACAAUACUGAUUUGUUCAUUUUUCUGAGAAAAGUGCAUUUAACUAAUGCAUAUCAUUCCCUGGUUUAUUCAAUCAAGACCUUGAAUUCAGUUGGUCAUCCUGCCUUAAGGCAAGCCAGGAACAGACGAGAUGUAACACAAUCCUAGCCAUGUUUACUCAGAAGUAAAUCCCACUAGGUCUACUUGGGCUUUUUUCCUAAUAAGCGUGUAUCGAAUUGCAGCCUUAAUUUCCCCCCUGCUCAACGUGAUCUGUCAGUGAUGUGGAUGGUCUGGGCCUUUUCAUCCCACCUGGAUCUAGUCUGUUGUUUAUCUCCAUGCAGACUCUGCAACAUGAUCUCAUUUUGAUUUAUAUCUCCUGGGUUGCACGCAUUUGCUCUUUCAAAUGUGCUGCCUAUUCUCAUUUGUCACAGCUGUUCCUGUAUUUGUGGAGCGCAGGGAUGCCUAAUAAAAAUGACAUACACAGACUGA